UAAGUCACUUAAGAAUCUAUAAAAGGAAAAUUAGGCGUUCCUGACAUCUCUACUUCAGUUAAGCCCAGCAGAAGUAUCAGAAGUUUGAAGAUAUUUAUUUUCUUACUGCAGCCACUGGUAAAACAUAGAGUAGGGGAUCACAACAACCAUGGGGAACACGAAAAGUGGAGCCCUUUCGAAAGAAAUCCUUGAAGACCUGAAACUGAACACAAAGUAUUCAGAGGACGAGCUUUUCAACUGGUACGAAAGUUUUAAGAAACAAUGUCCAGAUGGCAAGAUAACACGCCCAGACUUUGAGAAGAUCUACGCCAAUUUCUUCCCCAAUUCGGACCCGAAGACCUACGCCAGGCAUGUUUUCCGCAGCUUCGACACAAAUGAUGAUGGCACCCUGGACUUCCGAGAGUACAUCAUUGCACUUCAUCUAACCUCUUCAGGGAAAACAAGCCUUAAGCUAGAAUGGGCAUUUUCUUUGUUUGAUGUGGACAGGAACGGUGAAGUCAGCAAAGUUGAAGUACUUGAGAUCAUCUCAGCUAUAUUCAAGAUGAUCCCUCCAACAGAACAGAAUAACCUCCCAGAGGAUGAAAAUACACCACAAAAGAGAGCAGACAAGCUAUGGGCUUAUUUUAAAAAGAAAGAUCAUGAUAAAAUUGCUGAAGGGGAAUUCAUUCAAGGAGUUAUGAUGAAUGAUGAAAUAAUGCGGCUUAUCCAAUAUGACCCUAAAGUAGCUAACAAGACUUGAAGAAAGACAGCAAGGCAUAAAAGAACGCCAAAUGUGCUUGCCUGUGGUGUAUAUAAUUUGGUGUAUAUAUGUGUUUGUGAGUUAUCAGGUGAUGUUUACAGUCUAUAAUAAAAAAAAUAGAGUUAUUCUGUAGAUGCCUUCUUUCAAUCUGGACUGAAAUCUAAUAAUUAAAAUAAUCUACCAUAGAAAACA